AUAAAAGAAGAAGAAAUAAAAAUGUUUUAAGUCACACUCUAAUGAAAUGUUUUAUUAAACGUAAAUUUUCGUUGCAUAAUAGCCUUAGAUGAAGAUUUAAAAAUAUAUAAGAUGGCAAAUAAUGUAAAAAAUAAUAUUAUAAAUAAUAUGACAACUCUAAAGCCAAUUCAUGGAUCUAAUAACUUGGGUGCAAAACUAUCUGACUGCCAACCGAGUACUUCAAAACCUAUACACAUUAGGAGAGUUGAACAGGCGUUGAAUUUAGAUCCAUUCUUGAGAACAUUUAAUAAUUCAUCACCGAGUAGUGACAGUGAAAGUAGUGAUGACGAAGAUGAUUUUGAAGGCAUAGACAGCUUGUUAAAAGAUGAACCACAUUCAGCAAAAGAUUAUUAUAAUUUUAAAAAUGUAUCGUCUCUCUCUUCACGCAAAUGGUUAACUAAUGUGUUAUCAGAAAAUAUUGAUACUGGCCCUGAAGAUGCACCUUAUAAAUGUUUAUUAAAAAUGCAUGCCUUUCAAAAAAGAGUUAGGAAAAGUAAAAUGAAUUUUGAUCAGUCAAUGUUUUAUGGAGCAGGUUUAAUUAGUGCUGUGGAUCAUUAUCCAGAUAUUGAGAGAAAUAUCCCUUCAUCUAUGAGGAAGGUAAAAUUGUCUUCUUUGAAGGAAGAUGCAAAAUCUCCUCUGUACGAUCCAGAUAUUUUAGAUGAUAUUUCGGAUGAGCCUUGCAUUAAUCUUAAUCUUGAAAAUGGUAUAAAUGAAUAUCCGAAUUUAGAUGGUGAUAUUGAAGAUAAUAAUGUUAAUUCAGACUAUUCCCAGUCUAAUAUACCAGCACAAAUAAUUCCCAUCCCUCCUCCAAUGAAUUCACUAAAUCAUAACUCAUCAAAAAGAAAAAAUAAAAAAUUUAAGGAUGAUGAAUCUAAACGUAAAUGGGAAGAAAUGAUGACUGUUAAAAGAAGAAAAAUGUUCAUUAAUAUAGCUAAAAAAGAAAUUGGCAAGCAACAUCGAGCUAAAAGCAAUAAACAUAAGGAAAUGUUACUUCAGUGUAAGAGAGUUGCGUCUCAUUGUGUUAAGUAUGCAAGGCAAAAAGCUCUUCAGUCUGCCAGGACUGUAAAAGAACAGCAAUGGAGAAUGAAGAGGUUAGCAAGAGAAAACAUAGCUUAUUGGAAGAGGUCGAGGCGCUUUGAUAGAGAAGUUAAAAAGAGACUUGAAAAAGAAGCUGAGGAACAAAGAAAAAUGGAUCAUGAGUUAAUAGAAGCUAAGAGACAACAAAGAAAACUGAACUUUCUUAUUACACAGACAGAAUUAUAUGCUCAUUUUAUGUCAAAGAAAUUAGGGACAGCCUCUGCAGAAGAACAACUGCGUAUCCUUAGCCAGUUGGAUGAGGAGAAAAUUGCUAAAUUAGCUGGUGAUGACUAUGAUUGUGAGACAAUGAAAGAGAAAGCUAGAAAGAAUGCCCAAGAUGCUUUCCAGAGUGAAAAGGCCCGAACAAGAAAUUUUGAUCAACAAGCAAACUCUUAUCUUACUGAAGUUGAAAAUAUAGAUGGUGAACAACCACAACCCAAUAUGUUUAAGGGAAAGUUAAAAGGUUAUCAACUAAAAGGAAUGAAUUGGUUAGCAAACCUUUAUUCCCAGGGUAUUAGUGGUAUUUUAGCAGAUGAGAUGGGUUUGGGCAAAACAGUACAGAGCAUUGCCUUUCUGUGUCAUAUUGCAGAAAAAUACUCUGUUUGGGGUCCUUUUUUAAUUAUUUCACCUGCUUCUACUUUACACAAUUGGCAACAAGAAAUAGCUAAAUUUGUUCCAGAUUUUAAAGUAGUUCCUUAUUGGGGAAAUCCAAAUGAAAGAAAAAUUUUAAGGCAGUUCUGGGAUCAGAAAGAUAUUUAUACCAAAGAUGCCAGUUUUCAUAUUGUGAUUACAUCUUAUCAAAUUGUUAUUACUGAUAUUAAAUACUUCAACAGAAUAAAGUGGCAGUACAUGAUCUUAGAUGAGGCUCAAGCUAUAAAAAGUACAAGUUCCAUGAGAUGGAAAACUCUUUUGGGAUUCAGUUGUAGAAACAGGCUUCUCCUCAGUGGUACUCCAAUACAGAAUAGCAUGGCAGAGCUAUGGGCCUUACUCCAUUUUAUCAUGCCAACACUUUUUGACUCCCAUGAUGAAUUCAAUGAGUGGUUUUCAAAGGACAUUGAAAGUCAUGCUGAAAAUAAAACAGGCAUCGAUGAAAAGCAUUUAUCAAGACUUCAUAUGAUUUUAAAACCAUUUAUGUUAAGGAGAAUAAAGAAAGAUGUGGAAAAUGAGCUUUCUGACAAAAUAGAAGUAAUGGUGUAUUGUCCUUUAACAACAAGACAAAAUUUGUUAUAUUUAGCUUUAAAACAAAAAAUAAAAAUUGAAGAUUUACUUCAUUACUCUGUUGGAGGAGGGGAUUCUCAUAAUGUAGAUAAAAAUUUUACAUCAAACCUCAUGAAUCUAGUUAUGCAGUUUAGGAAAGUAUGUAACCAUCCAGAGCUGUUUGAAAGAAGAGAUGCCAAGUCACCAUUAAGAAUUUAUCCAAUAAUUUAUAAUAUUCCUUAUUUAAUAUAUGACGCCAAUGUGAGACAGAAAUUAUAUUUCAAGUUAAAUAAGCAGCUAUGUUUUACACCAAAAUACAUAUAUGAAGCUUGCUGGUCUAAAAAUUCAAUAUUUAACUUCAUGGUACAUAUAGGUUUGUCUGUUGACGAAAUUUUUAAGAUUUUUUUGGGAGAUAUUAUAGCGAGGUGGAAAAGUUAUUAUAAUUUUCAAAAACGACAGAAAAUAAUUUUUGAACGGACCCUAUGGCACUCUGAAUUAUAUUCAAAGCCCAGUUUAGAUUUGAAACAUACUUUUAGACUUAACCAAGGACAGGUUGAAAGUAGUAACGUUCUAGAAGAUUUGCUGUUUGUUAGAAAACUCACUGGCAAAAAAGUGGUCUACACAUAUCAAAAGCACACUUAUCAUUCAAUGCCAGAAACGCUAGAACAUAGAAAUAUAAGAUUUAAAAAGUAUAAGUUAAAUGAGAAUGAUAAUGUGCAUGUAGAAAAUGUAAAUAAUCCAAAUAUUUGCGAAUUUCCACAUAUUAAACGAUCUCCUAAGGAGUUCCCAUGUGAAAAGACUGAACUACCUUCCUAUUUAUUUUUUAGUAUACCAAAAGUAUCAGCACCAAGACUUAGUAUAUAUUGUUAUUCAAGAAGAGCUGCUUGGAAUUUACAAAGACAUAUAGAUGAUUAUAGUUUUAACUCUUUAAAUUAUUGUUGGUCUGAGGCAACAGGAAAUAUAUUCAGAGCUAGAUCAUCAGAAAGUAUAUGCCCUGUCCCAUCUAGUUGUUUAGAAACUGUAAUGCCAGUGCAUGGUUGGUCAAACAUAGCAAUUCCAGAUAAAGAGAGCUUGGUUACUGAUUCUGGAAAGUUAUUUGUUCUUGACUGUCUACUGAAGAAACUUAAAGAGGAAGGUCACAGAGUACUUAUUUAUUCUCAGAUGACCAAAAUGAUUGAUUUACUAGAAGAAUACAUGUGGCACAGGCAUCAUAAAUAUAUGAGGUUAGAUGGCUCUUCAAAAAUAUCUGAACGAAGGGAUAUGGUUGCAGACUUUCAGGCUAGAACAGAUAUCUUUGUUUUCUUAUUGUCUACAAGAGCUGGAGGCUUGGGAAUUAAUCUAACUGCAGCAGAUACAGUAAUAUUCUACGACAGCGACUGGAAUCCUACUGUAGAUCAGCAAGCUAUGGAUCGUGCCCAUAGAUUGGGCCAGACCAAGCAAGUCACUGUUUAUAGGUUAAUUUGCAAAGGUUCCAUUGAAGAAAGAAUUCUACAAAGAGCUAGGGAAAAGAGUGAGAUACAAAAACUGGUUAUAAGCGGUGGAAACUUCAAACCAGACACGCUAAAGCCCAAAGAAGUGGUAUCUCUUCUUCUUGACGACGACGAAUUAGUUCAGAAAUAUCACCUAAAAGUGGAAAACAAAUCUACGACAGAGGAAACGAGGGACGAGAAAAAACGCAAAUUAGCUUUUAAGACUAUACCUGCCGCCGACGCUAAGAGAGCGCGUAUGGAUCCACCCAGUGGGAACCACGAAGUCGGCGAAGAGCCCAUCCACAGCCCAGCCAGUGAAAUUGAACCAGACGCCCAAAUAGAAGAACCCGAUAUCAUGAACGAUGACGACUCUCCUAUCACAAAUAAAUAUACUGUUUACAACGUGUACGGGUCUACAGUACGGCCCAGACCUGCCGGUAGAGGGUUGACUCGGCGAGGAAGACCUAGGGGAUCUAGGUCAAGGACAGGUGUUGGUUUGGGGCGAACGUCCAACUCAACCACAAAUGGUCCUAUGCUCCCGAGCGGAACCAAUCUGCCUUUAAAUUCAAUUGGAGAGGUACAGACAGCGGAUUCUGCAUCAUCCGUGUCCUCUACGCAAUCGUCUCCUAGGGGAGCUGGUGAGAUGUUCAUCGAUACCACCCCCGGGCUGCCCCUAGGGCCUGGGACGCGACGGGGUCCUGGAAGACCCCGUUUACGCCCAUCGGGACCGGCAAAUGCCGGUUCCAGAGCUAGUAGGCCGAGGAAACCUGCCAGGCCUCUACCUGUGCCACUGCCCUCCGAUCCGGGGAUUGUAAACAACUCAUCCUGUACGCAGUAUUCGUUCUACGAUUUUCCAGAUGACUGAUCUUAGUUGAUACCAGUUUCUGAUUUCAGGAAAAAGAGCAAUAUUAGUGUUAAUUGUGCGGUGUACGUCACAAUUUUUUUGUAAAUUCUAUAGUGAUGCAAUAGAGUGAUCAAAUCGUUAAUUUGAAGUCCGAUGUAUAUCUGUAUAUACUAUUAAAUAUUUGAAAUGUAUAAAGUGCCACUGCAGCUUAGGUAGUUUAGAGUGACACUGAAAACAUUUUUUGAAUACAAUACAUUGACAAGUGUCUUAAACAGUAACCUACCUAUUCUGCGAGUUCGUUUUUGUAAUUAUUGUAAAGUUAUUAAUGGUCGUGUAGAAGAAUAUUUUGCCAUUUUUUUAAUUUAAAAUCGUGUAUAAUAAAUCUUCGUACCUGAGGACUAAGAAGAUGUCGAAUGCCUAUUUGUGUUUAAAGGACUAAAAAAAUUCGUUUAUUUUUUCAUGCGUGUUUGUUUUUUACAAUUUUAUACACAUUUUAUUUAUUUGUUUCUUCAUUGUCGUUAUCAACUUUCGGCCUUUUUUUUUAUAAAAGAAACUUUUAUACAUGUAGUCGUGUUAAAAUAUUUCAAGUCUAAAUAUAAAAUUACGUGACCUUAUAAUAUAUGUAUAUUAAUUAAGAGAAUUAUUUAUUUUUAGAAUUAAUUUAUCAAUUUAGUUGUAUUUUGUAUAUAAGUAGAACUUAAUGAGAAUAUUUUAACUUUAUCUGUAAGUUUAAGAAAACGAAUCAAUUGCAAAAAUUAAACAUUUUUAAAAUAUUUUUAUUGUAUUAUUUUU